AUGUCUUUUAUACUAAUGCAGGGCAAGAAGUUUAAAGAUAAAGCACAUAAUCAAAGGGAAGCUGGUGCUGCUGGUGUCCCCGAUAUUGAUCUUAAUCUCAGUGAUAGUGAUGGUGGUUCAGCCGGAAAAUCCGAGCAGAACCCUUUAUCCUGGCCUAAGCAACCCCCUGAGGGUGCAGGUGAUGGUUUUGUCACCUCUAUAAAAGGCCUUUUCAAUUCUCAGCGCAGAAAGGCCAGGGCUUUCGUGCUUCGGACAAUGAGGGGUGAAGCAGAAAAUGAGAUACCUGGUGACUGGAGUGAAAGUGAGGCAGAGUUCUCUCCCUUUGCCAGACAACUAACCAUAACAAAAGCCAAGAAGCUCAUUAGACGGCAUACAAAGAAGUUUCGUUCUAGAGGACCAAAAGGUUUAUCUUCUCAACAAAGAGAAUCACUUCCUUCAUCACCAAGAGAGACCACCCCAUUUGAAAGUGAUUCAUCAAGUGAAUCUUCGCCUUAUGAGGAUUUCCACGAGUUGCUGAACUUGAGACAUUGA